GUCAGACGGAACCUCAAUGGUCUGUGUUUGAAUCGGAGAGGAAGGUAAAGUGCAACUCAGUAAUGGGUGACUUAUUACGUAGAUAUGAAUUGUCAGAGGUCAGAGAGAACCGCUAGCUCUCCUGUCCAGCUACAGGAAACAGCAAGUUCACCAGGAAAUCAACAUCUCCAGCAAUCACAACCACCUCCAAUAUCUGUUCUGUCCUCAUUCUGAGAGAUGAAAAAAGGCGGUUCUGAAUAAACGCCUUAGACUGAGCCCAGGAAAGUGGAGCAGAGGGGAAAGACGGCGGGAAGGUCAGCCCGGCCUCUUCUCCUCGGGUUCCACUGAUUCUGUUGGGCCGUCAUGUUGGGAAGAACAGGAACCUCCAGGAAACGCUGCAGAUUCAAAUUCCAGCAGCACCAAUCCCUUUCCUCCUCUCCUAUUCUUCCCAAACUUCCCAGUCUGCAAUUCCCAGCAGGCACUGGGAGCAGGUGGUCUCAGGUGAGGCAGGAGGCAGGGCAGAUGAGUUCAGCUCAGAUCAAUAGAAUCUUAAAGGCCAAUGAGUACAGUCAUACCUUCCCUAAAGGCCCCGCCUCUCAUGGAGUCCUCAGCUUCCAUAGUAACAUGCUGCCAUCUAACAACCCUUGCGAAGACAGUCGAAGCAGCGCCACCUUUCUGCCGGCUCCGGGCGGCACUCUUUUUGCCGUGUUUGACGGUCACGCGGGGCCAGCUUGUGCACAGGCCAUCAGCCAGCGACUUUUCUACUACAUCACCAUGGCAAUGCUGCCACUGAAGAUGCUGGAAGAGCUGGAGUGGGCAGUGGAGAAUGAGCGGGCCGUGCCACAGCUGCUGGAGUGGCAUAAGCACCCUCAGGACCACAGCUUCCAAGACGGAGGCUCAAUUUCCUUCCACAGUCUUAGAAACUUCUGGCAGGAGAGGCUGGAGGAUGGCGAGGACCAGGAGGAUGAAGGCAAAGUGACAUCGGCUUUGUUCAGCGCUUUCCGUCGCCUUGACUAUGAUCUGUCUGUAGAGGCCCAGGUGCACUUAUCCCUCUCCUCACCCAGACGGGUGUCUGUCCCGGGAGAAGGACUGUCUUCGUCUUCCCCCCUCCGGGUGGCGCUGUCUGGUUCUACUGCGUGUGUUGUCCACGUCUCUAAUGGUGUCCUGCAUGUGGCCAACCUGGGUGAUAGUCGGGCUGUUCUGGGUGUCCUGGAUGAAGAUGGGCGCUGGUCUGCAGUCAGCCUCACAAAUGACCACAAUGCCCAAAACCCAGAUGAACUGCAAAGGAUUCUGGAAGAGCAUCCGCCCUCGGAGCAUAAAACUGUGAUCCGGCAUGACCGCCUACUGGGUCUGCUGCUGCCCUUCAGGGCGUUUGGCGAUGUUCGCUUCAAAUGGAGCGCAGAGAUGCUGAGACAAGUCUACAAGAGUCGGCCGGAUGUCAUGUCUGCAGUCGACGAUGCCGUCCGAACUCUACCCCAACACUACAUGACUCCACCCUACCUGAGCGCCCUCCCAGAGGUCACCCAACACCACAUCAGACCUACAGACAAGUUCCUGGUCUUGGCGACGGAUGGACUCUGGGAGCUGAUGCACCGACAAACCGUCAUCCAGCGGGUGGCAGAACAACUGACAGGUCUUCAACAGCAGAGGCCCAUUGUUCCCAGUGAAAACAUGACGCUGGGCAGCCUGCAGCGCCUCCUUCUGGAGAGGAAGGGCAAAGUACUGUCUGUGCUGGAGGACCAGAAUGCUGCCACUCAUCUGCUUCGGCAUGCUCUGGGGGACGAUGGCUAUGGGAGCGUGUCCCCAAACCGCCUGGCCAAGAUGCUCAGCCUGCCGACAGAGCUGGCUCGCAGGUACCGUGAUGACAUCACCAUCACCGUCAUCCACCUGAACGAGCUCUAACAACUGCUGAGCAGCAUGUGAGCUGCAAAAAGCAUCAAGGGUCCGCACUGAGGUCUUUUACCCUUCAGGCAUUCUCCCUACAACAUCUUCAGCGUAUUUGAAGCCGAGGCAGGAGUCUCCAGAGGUCAAGGUUUCAUCCUGAUGCCUUCAAGGGCUUUAGGCUUUACUUUGAGACAUUCAGUAGCAUUGAUGCCCCUGCUAGGACACUUUGAUGGAUUUGAAGGCAUAUGUUGAAGUAAUUUUUUACAUUAUGUCGUUUUAUUUCCACACUGACACGUGGAUCUUCUGUUUUUAAAGAGUUAAAUCCAAAAUGAUAAAUCUUUCAAGAAGACUGAGCUCUCACAGAAGUGUGACUAUCUGAAGAGUAAUAUACUGUUCUACAUUACAGAAUGUCAUUAUUAGGAACUCAAGUCACGACAUUGAAUCCAUCAAAUUCUGGCUAGUUACUGAAUUAUACCAACUUAAAGACACACUCCAAUAAAAGUUGUGUUUUGGGUGUUUUUAACAUAGUCUUGUGGCAUUUUUCUGAUGAUGGAGGACAUGUAUACGGUAUAUAUAAAG